AUGGCUGAAAUUUCGCUCAACACUCGUUACCUUUCGGCGAACCGUGGAAUCAUCAAGAUUCUUCAGAUUGUAUGCGGAUUCAUCAUCUGCUCCCUUCUCUGCUCCCAAUGGUAUGGUGGACGCUCCUGCUUCGGAGAAGGACGCCUUGGCUUCGCAUCGGGACUUAACUUUGUCUGUGUCAUCAUCAACAUCGUGCUUUUCGUUCUCAACUUCUUGAACAUCCGCGCCUGGGGAUUGGAGAGAAUUUACUCAGCCGUGUGCACCAUCCUGUUCCUGAUCGCCGCCAUCUUGGUGGCCUGGUUUAUCUGGGAGAUCAACUCGUCGAAGGGAUGGCUCAUCGCCAGCGCGGCUCUCAUGCUCGUCCAGUUCUUUUUGUUCUUGUGGGACCUCAAGAUUCUUCAAGGAGAAGCUUCCAACUAA